UCGGUCGCACGACGUGCUGAGUUGUGAAAUUGCGAUUCUCACAAUCUGUCGGGGCGUCAUCGCAAGCAACAGCAGCAGCAGUGUUUUAGACCGCACAUGUGCCUUGGCGCUUCGUUCAGAUAUUUAUAUGCGCUUAAGCCAGCGGAGGCCACAGGCAAAUUGUAAAUUCGUCCUCGACAGUUAACGUGACCGCCGUUUCAUAAUGAUACAUUAAUAUCACGUAACAUCAAACAAGUAGCCCACGGCAUCGUCCGAUAACGUGAUCCACAACGAAAUUUAUUAUAAAAACGUGAUUGAUAUCUAUCCCUAUUCCAUAUAACAUCACAACAACUGCCACCACCACAACAUAACAACACCGAUAAAAGAUUUUCUGCGUGUAGCAAUAUUAACAAUUCAUAAUAUUAUAGGUGACGGACUAGUUACAUCACAAUAUAAUUUGUAUGCAGUAUUCCUUAUUGCAAUACAAAGUUUCAAAACUUUCAACUUUAUAUAAUUUAUAAUCAAACGGAGGAUUUGUAGUGUGGACAUGGAAAAAUCACUAAAUAAAGAAGAAGAACAAGGAGAAGAAGAAGAAGAAGAAGAAGAAGAAGAAGAAAAAAAAGAAUUAGGAACAUUUGAAGUUUCAUCUCAGUCUUUGCCAGCCAAACCAAACUUGAAGGGUGAUUGGCUGAAUUUUUUUUUAUUGAUAUUAUUGUACACAAUACAAGGAUUACCUUUGGGCUUAGUCAUCGCUUUUCCGAUAAUUUUUCAAAGUAAAAAAAUAGUGACCUAUAAAGAACAGGCUUUUUUCAGUUUAGUUGCGUGGCCAUACAGUGUAAAAAUGUUAUGGGCCCCAAUAGUAGAUUCACUGUAUGUACAAUGGAUAGGCAGACGAAAAUCUUGGCUCAUAUCCAUUCAAUACUUAAUGGGGGCAUUUUUGUACUAUACGGCCACUAACAUCGACGAGUGGUUGCCCGAGUCUGAAGUACCUAAUUUCAAAGCGUUGGUGUUUACGUUUGGUGUCAUUAGCUUCUUGGCCGCAACGCAAGAUAUAGUUGUCGAUGGUUGGGCACUGACAAUGCUUAAAAAGAACAACGUUGGUCAUGCGUCCACGUGUAAUGGAACCGGUGUAGCGUUGGGUGUGCUUAUUGGUACUAUUUGUCCCGUUUUACUUACGUCGGUAGACUUCUGUAAUAAAUACUUACGGACGACAAACAGCACAGAAGGAAUAAUUACUAUAAAAGGUUUUUUGUAUUUUUGGAGUAUUACAAUUAUAUUGAUAACAACAUUAGUUGGUAUAUUCAAAAGAGAAAAGGAUAACAGACUAGAAGAGGGGCACGUUAACAUUAAUGUUCUUCAAAGUUAUCAACUCCUGUGGAAAAUUAUAAAGCUGCCUAAUAUUCGUGUAUUGGCAAUAGCAUUGUUAACAAUGAAGAUUGGAUUUUCGGCAACUGAUUCUGUGUCAAACCUUAAACUAAUUGAUGCCGGAAUAUCUAAAGAUGACAUAAUGAUAAUAACCAUAUCGAUGUAUAUAGUUAAAAUGAUAAUACCUCUCAUUGUAUCAAAAUACACUUCAGGUACAAAACCGAUGAGUGCAUACAUGAAAUUAAUGCCAAUCAGGUUACUUUGGAGCAUUCCUUAUGCUGCAUUAAUUUACUACACGCCAAAUUUGAUUAAAAGCAAUGGUGUUGUAAAUAUUCCAACAUAUUAUUAUUUUAUUUUAGUAUUUAUGUGUAUAAUACAUGAGACUUUGGCAUUCACUAUGUACAUUUUUACAAUAGGAUUUUUCUCUCGGAUUUGCGACUCACGUUUUGGCGGUACAUACAUGACGAUGUUGUCAACAAUUUCCAGUUUUGGAUGGAUGUUAUCAAACACUUUGGCAUUGCGAAUGAUUGACGUGCUAACGUUUAGUAAAUGUUCAAACAACGACUCUAAUAAUUGUUCUACUUUACAAUUAAAAAACAUGUGCAGAACAAAUAAUGGUGAUUGCAUCAGUAUUGUAAAUGGUUACUAUAUAGAAGUUGCAGUGUGCAUGAUGAUUGGAUUCGUUUGGUAUUUUUUGUAUAAAAAAACCAUAAAAAGUCUUCAAACAAAGAGUCCUUCUAACUGGAAAGUGGACUUAAAUUUAUCAAAUCGAGAAAACAAAUGAGAGUUAACAACUUAAACAACUUAGGGGUUCGAUAACAUAUAAUAUUCGUAGAAUAUUUUAAAAUAUGUUCACAUUUAUACGUUUAUGUGUAUUAUGUCUAUGAUAGUUAUACUGUUGAAUUGUAUUUUAUUGUUUUUUAAAUUAUCAUUUGAUUGAUAAUAAUUUAAAGCUUAGAAAUAAGAAUUGUUAAAUAUUGUCUUACACCCAAAUACUUAUGUGUAUUAAUAUAUUACCGAAAAAAAGUUAUUAUUACGUAAUUUUGUUGCUGUCUAGUGUCUAUGCUAUCUACAUAUUGCGCAUGGCUAAUAAACAACUUACCUUCCUAUCAUGACCACCUUAACGUAUUGUUAAUUGUUAUCUAUCUAUUAAAAUGUACUAUGAUAUUUAUUAUAUAUUUCGGCUUUGCCCGCAAUGUUUUAAAUAAAUAAACUACUGUUUAUUAAACA